CAGUGCAGACGACUAAGAAUGCGCAAGAUCGCCACUUGGGAAAAUCAAUGGGGGCGGAAAUGUCUCAACAAGUACCACUUUCCAAAGAAGAAGAAACAGCAGGAGAAGCAAAGCUACGAUAUCUCCUAACAGGCGACGAGGGUGGAUCAUUAGACAGUUCUUUCCAUCCCAUUCUUGUGGUAAACAAACCGGCAUUCGGAGGUUCCCGUGAUGACGAAUUAAGAAAUCUCGAGGAAAAGCUUGACUUUGUUUCACUGGUGAACUGGAACGCCGUCUUUGAUUGCAAUCCAAAGUCUCUUCAGAAUGGUGUCUGUUCCAUGGUGGAAAGCAAACGAGAACUCAAGCUUCUCCUUCCCGAGACAUUCAACAAGGAAACGUCACCCGAAGAAGUAGAUUUCAACGAUGUUCCUGCCUGGAUAUUUGCGAAUGGACGAGAUGAUAUGGAAGAACUACAAAGCCCAAGUCUUGCUUCUGACUGGAAUGAGAAAUAUGGCGCUGGGGUUGAUCGAGCAGUAGAUUUCUUUGCAACAAAUGCCAUUCCAAAGGAAAGAGCAGUCAUUGUUUUUCUUCUUCUAUCGGGAGACAGUGUACAAAUAAUGAGUGACAUAUUCAAGAAGCUGCAGUCAUCUUUGCAAGGCCGAGGGACAUUCACAUUCAUUGCGGAAAAUCAGGAGCUAUUCGACAUCUGGGCAAAUGAAAUCAAGAAAUGGCUACCAAGGGAUCAACUAGAGAAGCGAAGCUUCAUUGGUACUGACUGGGCACGCGUCAAUCGUUUCAUUCAGAAUCAAUUCGGAAAACUGGCCAUCUCUCCAGCUGAAUUGCCCUUGUCAGAAGGGAAAACAUGCAUUGUACCUGACAAAAAGCGUUCUCGAUGGCUCAACAUAGAUGUCCUUCCGUCAAAUGAGUGUGAAAAAACAGCCAUGUAUGAAGACAGUCCGGAAUACGAGAAAUUCGUUUCUCAGCAAGAGUUGAUUUUUUACCAAGGAAACGGGGUUUCUUGGUGGAACUUUCACCUAACUGAAGGAAAGGAAAAGAAGCAACGAUUCAACCAAGUUUUACGACGUGAAGUCAGCAAAACUUUGAACAGACUGGUGAAAGCCAAGUUGAAGCCAACAAAUCCGAGUGAUGUGUCAAGUUCCAUAGUGACAAUAACUAUCUUUCAUGAACCAGGUUCGGGAGCAAGCACCACCGCAAGACAAGUCCUGUGGGAUUUCCAUCGUCAACUCCGCUGCGUCAUUGUUCAACGAGCAAUAUUGCCAACAGUUAACGAAAUACUUGAAGUCCGAGAGUAUGGGUAUGGCAAAUUGGAAGAAGUUCAACCAGUCCUUGUCUUGCUUGAUGAUAUGGAUGAUGCAGAGGUCAUCGACCUAAUUGCACAACUGGAAGUAGCAACUAACAACAAAGGGUGUCUGUCGUUCAUCAUACUUCACUGCAAAAGGACACCUGACCCUGGGCUUGUGGCGAAAGACAACGGUGUGAACUCUGUUGUCAUAGAGCAUAAGCUUAAUGCUCAAGAACGAAGAUGGUUUGAUGACAAAUUCAAGAAAUACGAAGAGGAGUACAGUAUGAGGCCAGAGAAAUUGAUUGGAUUCAUGGUGAUGAAAGAAGAAUGCAACCCAGAUUACAUUCGAAAGAUUGUAUCAAACAUCGUACACGAGGUGGAGGGCAAUGAGGCUCAGCUCCUUAAGUACAUUGCAGUUAUCAACAAGUUCAUGGGAGAUUUUGGAAUGCCUGUGUCCUGUUGCGAUGAAUUCAUGAACGCUGAAAGGAAAACACGAUCAUCUCGAGGAGGUUACAGAUUGCAGGUUGUUCCAUGGGAAAACCUUCUAUCACAUGCGAUGUGCCUACUUCUCAUCCAAACAAGAGUCCAUACAAGAUGCGGUCCUACAAAGGCAAUUAAGUUGGUUAACCCUGUCCUCGCAACUGAGGUUGUCAAGCAACUUGUAGAAGACACUGACCAGACGAUUGGAGACAUUAUCAGAGAGUUUAUACUUGAUUCCCGAAUCCUAGACUCAAAGGCUUACACAGAGAAGUACGUCACUGCCAAAAUACGGGAGUUGCUAGUACGACGGAGGAAGAUUGCAAAUGAACGGACUGAACAAAGCCGGUUUUCCCCUUUGAUAGAGCAUCUUCUUACUGAAGACAAAGCACUGGCACUUCAACUACUUGAGGAAACUUCCCAGUUAUUCAAGAGUGGACAAAUCGCACAGCAACUGGCUCGCUUGCACAAAUGGCAAGGAGACCUUGUUGAAGCAGCACGAUGUGCGAAGAUGGCCACUGACUUUCAGAGCCACAAUCCUUACUAUUGGGACACGCGAGGCAGGAUCAUCAUAGAUGAUAUGAAGAAGUAUAAGAAGAAGUACAACGACACAUCACUAGACGCAUCUGAAGCCUCCAGAUUAAUGAAUCUACUAGAAGAGGGGAUGAACAUCUUCAAGAGGUGUCAAGACCUACUUAGGGUGGAAGAUAAUCAGUAUUCUACUUAUGCUGGUUACAGCGGUGAGCUGAAAGUCAUCUUCCUUUUUCUGCAUAUAAUGGAGGAACGUGUGCUACCGUUUUGUCUUUCAUCCAGAGAAUGCAUACUGAGUGUAUAUUUCUUGACUGACGAAGAGCUUCCAGAACUAAGCGACUUUUGGAGACGACAACGACAGCAUCUCAAGGAACUUCCGAAGAGAGCGGAUCUCACUCUUAACAACAUCGGGGAUCUCAUGACAUUCAGCAAAGGUAUAACAAGAACCAAGCAAGAUCCUGAAGAUGAAUUGCGCAUGAGAAAAACGGAGAAAAACAAGUUCUAUGAGGAGUUGCUUAGAUACUUCACGGUAGACAUAGAGCAGUCUCCACCCAAGUCUGUUCGGGAAAACCCUGUAUCGAUGAGUGCAUGGAGAAGGGCACAAGUGAAAGCAAUGAAGGCUGAUUCGUUUUACGCCAUUUUCAAACUGGCACAAACUGGGGAUGAAGACCGCCUGAAGAAAGUUCGAUCCAUUCUUAACGCAAAUCAUCCAAAAGAUGCCUUUGAUCUGAAAUUAUUGGUUUGUAUUUCGUUCGCUUUGUCCUCCUUCGGCCACGAAGAUGUUGACUACGUUGGGAUAAUAAGACAAGUGGAGAAUUUGAAUGGAAUUGACCAUAGUUUGUACGGUGCCUUCUUUUCUAUGAUGUUAGCCUGGCCAAGAGAUGACCCGAAAGCGCGUAGUAGCGAUGUUGGGAUGACCACAUUGAAAGCGAUAAUGAUUCUGAGAGAGAAGUGGAACAACUUACUUAGAAUGAAUUCAGAUAAACGGGAAUCUCAGACUGGCUAUGACAGAUCCCUUCCACGUCACCAGACAAUUGCAAGGAAACCUCUCACUCACUUCUUGCUGGCUAAGGGAGAAGGCUUGCAAGCAUUUGUUCACAUCAACAUGUUCCACGCAUCACAGUCCACACUGGAAGGUGAAAGGCACAGGUUCUGGUCGAGAGAAGAAGUAAUGGAGCGAUUGAUGCGCCUAGAAGGGACCAUUCAAGACAGAGAGAGAAUCGUCUACAGAACCCCAGCCAAAGAAAUUAUCUACAUCAAACUAUCUGCCAGAUGGCACAGCCAACCAAGUCAAGAGAAGGUCUCUUUCUACCUUGGCUUCAAUUUCCUUGGACCAGUGGCAUACGAUGUGUGGGAAAAGGACCGGAAUUCAGUCCCAAUCCAGGUGAAGAAUUAUCGGCAGACGUACCCUGAAUAUCUUGUGGGCAGACUUAGCCGCCUCCAAAGGAAAGAAGAAGACAUUCAAGCUACGCUGGAUGAAAUAGAGUACUUGUCCAAGAAGAGGAGAAACAGGCAGCAACUCACAAUCGAUGAUCGGAAGUUCAUGCAGACGAAACCUAAUCUGGAAGCAGAACUCCGGGACAUUCGGGCCCAAAUUGAAGAUGAGAUUGACAAAAACGACGACGAAGAUGAAACAUUCACUCUCGUAACAAAACGGAAAAAGGGAUACAAGAAGAUGAUGAGUGUUGUGUCAUAAAAGCAAGUGCCUCUGUCACAUUGUGAGACAGCAUGUCCCUGGUGAGACACUCGUCGUCCCUUGCGACGCGGUGAUGACCAACAAAAAGGCCAUAGAUCAGGAGUCUUGGUUUGUGCGUAGGUGGGUGCACAGACAGUGGCGUAGUAUGGGAUCAGUCAUGGGGGUGCACCAGCUUUCAGUCUACUAGAUCAGCGUUUUUCAACCCCCUUUUUCAGUCACGGCCCUUUUUAGGAGUUGAAUUUGUUUACGUCACCUCAAUCCAAAAUUCAUCCAAAAAAAUAUCCAUCCUUCGUAUUCAUAGGGACACGGGCACAUUUUUGCGUGAGGGCCAAAUUCAUACUAUCCGGGUCUAAAAUAUUGCGGGGUAGAUGUAAAAAUCUAAUGCUUUU